AUGCUCAUUUGUAUCGAUGAGAGUUCAAAGGAUGAAUGCACCGUUGCAUGUCAGUGGGGGUAUGCCUGGCUUGGGAAGCGUUGCCCAGUUCGAUCUCGGUUUGUUCGAGGGACUCGGUAUUCAAUUCUCCCUGUCUUAGGUGUAGAUGGUUAUCUUGCAUAUGAGGUUUUUGAGGGACUGGUAACAGGAGACCGAUUUGUCGAAUUUGUCAUAUCCAUGCAUACCUGUGAGGCCCCGGCCCAUGUCUAUAUUCUGCCCACAACAUCAGUUGAUGUUGUGUUGUGUAAUAAUUAUGUCGCGACGCUAAUUUAG